AUGUGCGAGAGCAUUGAUCACAUCGGCCUAGACCCAACCCACGCUCGCCAGUCAUCAAAUCUGCUCAUCUGUGCCGCUCUUAAUAUCCCCUACGAACCAGACUCGCACCCUCCUAAUGUUCACUGUGAAGCUAUUCCGAUCUCCAUUCAUUUCUACGCUACACCAGCACUGCAGCAUUUGUAUGAACCAGAUUCCUUCUUCUACGCAUGGGGACCCUUUAGCGCCCGGCAGUCUCUUGGUGGUGCCACAGAGAUCACAUUGCGUGCGUAUGAGGUUCAUCGGUAUGACCCUACUUCCCUAACUUCGACCCUGCGUACUCUGCUAGCUGUGGUGAGCCUGACUAUCUCAUCGCAUUACCCAGACAGCCCGGGGACGUUACUGAUACGGAUACCAUAUCAAACCCACUGUCCAGAGGCAGCGUGUCCUACGGUUCUUCUUAUGGGCACGGUGGAAUCCGCCACAGGUCGCGUCAAUAGUGGGCCGUCACUCAUGUACUACGACCUACAUUCUACGGUAUAUGAUUCCUCGACAAAGAGUUCGGUCAGCUUCACGGUUGCUGCGUACUUCAGAAAUGGCGCCCGAUGGGCCAAUUUUCCUCCCCUGAAGCUUCACACGCACAUUAUGGUUGCGGCUCAUGUUAUUGGCAUAACAACAGACGAUCUUCGCCUCGCAUUAAUGGUUGACGAUGUGUAUUUCCUUCCCACUCUGCCCUAUGCUCCGCCGACCCCCACCGGCGCCGGUUCUCAGAUCUCCUAG